AACGGAGAAGAUUAUAGAAUAAAGGGAUUUUCAGAAAUUUGGUUGGCAUUACUAAAGCUUCGAUUCUGAGCUUUUAAUCGACACUUUAUCUUCUUCACGAGAAAUUUCUCGUCUAAGCUUCUUCUUCAUUACGAAUGGAUGAUGAGCUUGUUGUGAAAUCUUUUAACGGCGAUGGCGAUAAUGAGCAUUAUUUAUCUAGUAUUUCUCCCCAAGACAUGCCUUGGAAGGAAGGAUUUGAAAAUUUCAAUCUUUAUUUUUAUGGUAAAGAAAGAGUUUCUGGUAAUAUUUGUGGUGGGCUGUUGUAUUUGGAUGAUUUUGAUGGCAAAAGUGUUGUGUGCAACUUAACAACUAAAGAGUUCAAAUUUCUUCCUGCGCCCAAGAAAACCUCUCCGUGUUGGGACAAUUUCCAUGGGAGUGGUCUCGGGUUUGAUUCUAAAUCUGGAGACUACAAGGUCAUACGAAGCUAUACUCGAUGCAAGUGUGAUCCAGAAGAUGAAAAUGAUAGAGAAGGGUGUCGUGGUGGUAGCCAUACAAAAACGGAGUUGUAUUCGCUUCAAAGCGAUUCUUGGAAGGAGAUUCCGAAUCCUGAUGCUCAUACUUUCCCCGACUGUGGUGUGUAUAUUAUGGGGAAGUGUUAUUGGGCAGUAGCAUCAGAGGAUGGUUCAUCUUUUUCUAUUUUGUCAUUCGACUUCAGUGAUGAAAGUUUCUCUUGCAUUCCUUCACCACCAGUUAGUGAGAAGAAGUUUAUGUAUGACCUUGUUGAGUGUCAUGGUUUAUUGGGUGCUAUUGUCUAUGAGUAUAAGAUACCAAAACAUUCCAAGCGUGGAGCUAAGUCUUAUCAGCUUUGGGUAUGGAAAGAAAGUUGGUGGGCCAAAUCAUUUGGUGUUGCUCUUCGUGGUAUUGAAAGUCCGCUGGGAUUGAAAGAUGGUCGUCUUUUAUUUCUUGAAAAAAAAAGAAAAAGUAGAAAAAGAAAAAGUGGUGAUGAGCUCAGUCGUCCAUUAGUAGUUUAUGAUUGUAUUACGAAAGAGUGGAAGGAACCUGACAUCUAUGCUUGUGCGCAAGAUGUGAAAAUUCUUUCUUAUGUUGAGGAUAGAGUUCUGCUGCUCUAUAAUUGGAUCACGAAGAAACAAAGGAUGAAGGUUCUUUCUUAUGUUGAGGAUAAAAUUCUGCUACCGGAUGCAAAGCCAAUAAAUCGUCCACAAAAUGUUGAAGUUUCUUCCGAGAAGGUGCUCAAAAGAUGCCGUCGAUUGACAUCCAGCCGCUGAUAGCUCAGAGGCAGGGACGAAGCCAAAAAUUAAGUUCGGAGGGAAUGAAUAAUUUUUUUUGUGAGACGUGAGUCUAUUAUUGGAGCUCAUCUUCUAGCUAGAAGUUCUUAUGAUUAUCUUAAUGUGUAUGUUUGGGAUGAACCCCCCCGCCUAGUUUCCAUAUUCCAUGCGUGUGUGCGUAUUAAAAUUUCUUCUUUUCCUAAAAAAAAAUAUUUUCUUU